AUGGGCCAGGUUAUCUCCUCCGUCUGGACACCGCAAAAGAUCACGGUCGGACUUGUUGGGCUGCCAUCAGCAGGCAAGUCAGCAAUCAUUUGGCACCUGCUCCAUAGAGCCGUCCCAGCUAAAAUCCCGCCGCGGUCAAUGAUAGAAGUCGACACCAUAACCAGGAAUGGGCAAAGCUUUGAUCUAUUCGACUUUGUUGGAGACGAAAAGCUGAGAGCAUGUUGGAGGAGCUUCUUUGCCCCAAAAGAUGCCAUUAUCUUUGUUGUUGAUAGUGCAGAUCGCGACAGCAUGGACGAAGCCGGAGAGGAGUUGCAUCGAUUGUUUCUGGUAGAGAGACUCGAGUUCAAACCUAUUGUGGUAUUUGCCAACAAGCAAGACUCGCCGGAGGCUAUGAGUGUGGACGAACUUGUCGACGUUUUAGGAAUACGUGGUGAACUGGAAAAGGACAAGAGAUGUGUUGGUAUCUGCACAGCACCACAUGAGGCUAUACGCUGA